CUAGCCGUCCUCCUACUUCUUCAACGGGAAUGCGAGCUGAAAGACGUGACCACGUCCCGUCCCCUUGAAAGCAAGCAACAAACCCACGCGGAGAGCAGCGAGGGCUCGUGCGAGGUUGGCGUCCCCCGCCUGGUGGCGGCUUUGAGGUUUCCUUGGCUUCGCGGCUGGAGCGGGAGGGGGGCGGAACUCCCGCCAGCGAGUUUUCAAAACUUUUCCAGCGAGCGCAGCAGGCUCGAGUCCUCCGGGGCCUCCCUGAGCGCCAGCCCCGGUAUGUGUCCUUCAGCGGGACACGUGCUUGGCAGCGCUGGUGGAGGCGGCAGCAGCAGCAGCAAGUCGGAGGAGCCACGAGCCGCCCCGCGGCUGCCCUUGCCCCCGCCGGCAGCAUGAGUCCCACCGCCUCCUGCCCGUCGUGCUGCUGCGCGGCGAAGGAGAGGCGGCUGGGGACGGGCUUCGCCUUCCGCCUCUGCCUGCUCUCGGUCACCCUUCUCCUCUGCCUGCAACUGGGGCUCAGGCGCUCCUGGGACGCCGCCGCCGUGGCAGAACACAAACCCCAGCUCCCGCCCAGCAGCCGCAGAGCCGGGAAGGUAAACGAAGUGUCCAGCAGGAGGCAAGUCACCUACAUAAGAAGCGGGCGCCGAAGGGGUGCCGCAGAACCCACCUGCUGCCUGCAGGGGGCGCCUCGGCGCAGGAAGACUAUACGCUGGCACAUAGACUUGCAACCCUGGGCAAGUCCUACGCCUUCCUUGAGUAAUGAAGCCCUGAGGCUCUUACAGUAUAUCAGCACUGCCCAGAUUUCAUGUGAUCAUAUGAAUGUGAAAGACCUGCCAGGAAACCCUGACAUCUUAAAGAGGCCAUGGUCAAUCUGCCUGGAUGACAGAUUCAAUUUAGUUCAUCAAAUCAAAAGCAAACAGUGCCGUCUAUAUUCACUGGGACUGGGUGGUGAUGAUAACCAGUUUGAGAUCAGCAUGGCCAACAGUGGGUGUGAGGUACAUCGCUUUGAUCCUAGCAUCAAAUCAGCACAUAUUCAGGAAGGACAGCGUCUGUGGUACCAUCGCCUGUCCAUAGACUGGAGAGAUCCCAAUCCAGUGAUCGCUGCUCAUAAGCUUCACGCACACACCAAAAAGCUUGGGACCAUAUUGAAUGACUUUGGACACCACAAGAUUGAUAUCCUGAAAGCAGACAUGGAAAGUGCAGAGUGGAAAAUUCUGGAAAACCUGAUACUGGAGGACAUUGUGGGACAGAUAGGACAACUGGUCUUUGAAAUCCAUGUUCAUUGGCCUGGGUUUGAGGUCAGUGGCAACGACAGCACUGUGGUUCGAUACUGGUACAGUCUCCUCAAGGAACUAGAACUGAGGGACUUCAGGCUUUUUCACACUUACAAAGACUCAUCAAAACCACAGUUGUUUCUAAAACGGGAAGCCUUCAAUGCAAGUAGCUGUUAUACACUGAGCUGGGUGAAUACAAGAUGGAAAUAGAAGCUGGAGCCUACAGAUCAGAUCUCUGGAUCUGACCUUUCAUUAACAGUACAGUGGAAGGUGACUUUUGCAACUUUUGUUAAUGUUUCCAGACAUCCAAAUACAGACGAUGUGGCACACAAUAAUUAAAGAACUAUUUCAGCGUUUUUCAGCACCUUUCCCCAAACUGGAAAGGCAUAGUCUUUGUAUCCUAGACGAAGCUGCAGCCUCAAAUAUUUUGUUUGUUUCAUCUGUAUACUUGGCGGCAGCUCAAUCCAUGCUUAGUCAAAUUGGUACUGUCAUAACUAAAUUCAUUAACGACAGUACCAUCAUUUAAUAAUGACUAGGUCUCAUUGAAAUUAAUGGGACAUAAAUAAGUCAAAACUAACCUGUCUCAUUGUUAGAGUGCUUUCUGUUUUUCAGAUGCUCUGAUACCCAAGUGCUCCGGAAGUGAGGAAACAUGUUGCUGAUGGUCAGCAAUGUCUUCCUCAUACCCAGGGCAUGGCUAGAAGGGGGACGUUUCGCCUGUUUGCGCAAAAGCACACAUGUAGAGGGACUGGGGGAGUUGUGUGUGAGCCUCAGUAGUGUCCCUACAAGUCUCUUAUUACCUGUCUGCUUUGUUAGUCAGGAUGUCAGCCAGUGAUUGUAACAUAGUGGCCAUUGUGCUGUGUGUAAAAUGGCUGGGAUUGAGUGUUCACCCCACUCGUUGAAUGGUUCUUUUUAUCCAAUACAAUGAACUCUUGAAAUCUCCCCUUUUGGCUGCCUCCACUAUUUGCCAGUAUUAAUGCAGCUUGCUGUCAUUCCAGAUUUAUUGCAGCAACUGUGUAAACUCUCUAUAGCUUCUCCUCCAUGAGACAAGGAAACAAAUGUUUAAUUGUUUUUGUUGUCUAUAGACAAAAUGUUACAAUAUUGCAAUUACCUUCAGGACGCGAAUCUUCCAGUAAUUCCAAAACUGAAUGAAAAUAGUCCAUCUAAACUGAAAAUUAUUAAAGUGGUGUUUAACCUUUAUCACCCUUACGUUUCUCAAUUUCCCCUCAGCAUGUGACAAACUCUAAACACCCAAGCAGGUAUAGCUGUGGCUUCUAAAGAUUUUUAUUUUAAAGCCAGUUCCAUUGUAGUAGCAGCAGCCAGUAGGUUCUUUAUUAGUUCCUGGUCCAAAUCAUUUAUGAUGUAUUUUAAAUAUCCAGGAACAAUGGCCAGAGAAUUGUAUUGCAGAUCAAAUCUCGUCAUCACCUAUUAUUGCAUUCAUGAUAGAUGGAAAUCUUCUCAGAUGCAGAUAGUUAUAGAAAACAGCAUGCCAUGUAUGAAUGGGUUUGUAUCAAUGGAAUAAUGUUUGAUUAGAGAUCAAACAAGUAUCCAAACAGAACAAAGUAAUAAUGAGAAAGGUGGAAGUAAAUGUAACAAAGUAAAUUGGGCUGCUGCUGAAAAGGACAAUGCUCGACCUUUCCCCACACUACCACCUCUUAUAGAACUUCUAGUGCAAAUUAUGCCAUCCACUGCAAGCUAUUGCCUUUUCUUCUGCUUUGCCACCAAUAGAGGAAUAGCAGCAUCACAUUUGCAGCACUUUUGGAGUAUUUUAAGCACUUUCCAUAUAGAGCCCUAGCAAGUCUUACAAACAGCCAGCUAAGAGUAAGUAAAGGCUAAUUGCAUGCUACACACAAAACAAAUGGAGCAAAGCCGUGAGAUUUUUUUUUUUUAAAUCCCUCUAAAACAAAGAGGGAAUUUGACUAGAAGGGCAGGAGAUGUUUAACCUUUGCACCACCCCCAAUUCUUUAAGUAAUAACACCACCCCUCUGCUUGUUUUACCUGACAGUGUUUUUCUUUUCUAUGUUUGAUAUGUGGAAUUUGUGUAUUUUACUUUCAAGCAGACCUGGAAGCUAUAAAGUCUGCAUUUGGAAGGCAGAUUGGCUCUAGCAGCUGCUUUAAAAUGAUGAUUCAUGGCAGAUGUAAUGAUGGCAAUUAUGACACACCUGGAGAGAACACACUGACUCUCCUGGGUGAAUCUUUUUCCAGCAGAGUCCAUCUAUUUUGUAUCAAAAAUAUGGUGUAGGUAGCAGCUACCCAUAAUAAUCACUUGAGAGAGAAUGUUCCCUGUGUAUAUAAAGUGUUCAAUAACAUAAGGGGAAGAUCUUUCUUCUAUUCUUGAGACUGGCUACCAUUUUUUGUGAUACAGAAGCAGAUUUCUAAAUGAUUUUCCACAAGAGCAAACAAGUCCAUAUUACUAAUUUAAACCCCUAUAUGGCAGAUUUCUGGGAAGUCUUCCCUUUAUUUAAAGUGAUCUAAGUGCAAGAAGUUUAUAAGGUUGAGGAUAAAAGGCUAAUGAAAAGUAUACAUUUCACUUUGGUGCUUGAGUUGAACCUAAUCCAGAAGAAAAGAUCUGGAUGCAAAUACAAAUACUUGUAUUCAAGCCUUUUAUUCUGGAUUAGGUUCAGCUCAAGCACCAAAGUAAAAUAUGUACUUUUAUUCUAAUCAGUUCUCCAACGGAAGUCCAUGUUUUAUACCCUCACCUCAACAGCUACUUUUAAACAGAAGCCUGUUUCUGAGGUGUCUCGAAGUUCCAGCUUGGCUCCUAGAAACAGCAGCAGCAUAAAAAGUAAUGGCUGAGUGCCCAAAUACCUUUAAUCCUGUGAGGAGUACAUACUAGGUAGUAGUGGUUUUCUAAAAUACCUGUACACAAACAAAGCAACUGCAAGACUAUUAGUACAUUGUAUUUUAGACACUUCUCCCAAUACAUUUAUUAUUGUAGAUGUAAAAAAAGAAAAGAAAAACGUGAAGCAUCUCUAGCUUACUACUGACACUGACCCCCUAUGACUUCAAAUAUGUCCACUACAAGAGGAAUUGUUCCAUAAUAUUUUAAUAUCAUAAAUUCAAGGAAAGAAUUUCACACUCUGGCACUGCAGAGAACUAGGCAGCUACAACUUCUAUAAUGAAUACAAAGUUUUUUUAAAAAAAACAGACUUUGGACAAUGGUAAAGAUAUUGUGCUAAGUUGGAAUCUGUCUUUUCAUAUAAAACAUUUAUUAAAAAGAAGUUCUAUAAAAGGAUUGAGAAGUAUUUACAGUAAUUUAGCACAACACAUUUAUAUAUAUACAUUUAUAAUAGAAAUAUAUUAAAGUGCCCAUGUACAAGAAUUGGGUGGUCAAGUGAUAGAGGUUUCCUUCUAUCUUCUUUAUAAGGUAUGUUUCUAAAGGCAGCAACUUACUGGUUGCUGCCCUUGCACAAGCCCCAAGGGCAUGCUGAGUCAUUAUUUGGUGAAUUGCUUGUUAAGCGAUGUAUAUACAUGUUAUGUUCUUUGGAUUUAUUUAUGAGAAAAGCAAGUAUUUGAAAAAGAAUUGUUACAUGUGGAAACCUGGUAUCAAGCAUAAUAAAAAUCAGUCAUGAUGAACAUACA